AUGCACGGGUUUUCGGAUGCCUCGACCAAAGCAUAUGCAGCUGUGGUCUAUGUCCGUGUAGAAACUAAUUCGGGUGAAGUUACAACGGCGUUGCUCAUUAGCAAGACGAGAGUCGCCCCCACCAAGCAACUCACCGUGCCUCGCCUGGAAUUAUGCGGAGCUCUGUUACUUGCGCGACUGAUUUCCAAGCUCCAGUCACUCAGCGCGUUCAACGGCUGCAACGUAUAUUGUUGGACCGAUGCUGCGACUAUGCUCCACUGGUUGAGUGAGCAAUCGUCACAUUGGAAGACAUUUAUCGCCAACCGGGUCGCAGAAAUACAAUCGGUACUUCCCGAUGUUACGUGGCGAUACGUUCCCGGUGCUGAAAACCCGGCAGACCUAGCCUCUCGUGGAGUGAAACCGACGGACAUUAGCGCCUCAAGGUUGUGGUGGCAUGGCCCACAUUGGCUGGCUCAUGAAUCGGAGGCAUGGCCUACCUGCUCACCCACGGUAGACAGCGAUGCUCAUCUCGAAGCCAGGGUCGUGUCGCUACAGACAGUCGCGGCACCGGCCACACAAUGUCCGAUCUUUCAGCGAUUUUCAUCAUGGCCGAGAUUGAUACGCGUUAUUGCUAAAAUUCUUAGAUGGAUGCGCUCCGCUAGACAACGCGGCCUUCGGCAAUUGGAAGUUGACGCCAUGUCUGAGGCCGAGGCACUUGCGCAAGCCACGACCCGUGUCUUCAGUGUUGUACAAAAACAGCAGUUUCCCGAGGAAUUGCGCAUUCUUUCGACGCUUGAGCCCGCCUCCGACGGUAUUCGUCGCUUAAAAGUAGGUGUCUCAAUGCCGCGGACCAGUGCUCUUCGGCGAUUGAAUCCAGUUCUGGGAUCUGAUGGUCUCAUUCGCGUCGGUGGUCGGCUGUCCUUGAGCCCUUUCGACCCAGCAUCGAGACAUCCGAUCAUUCUAGGGUUGGGUCACGUAUCACAACUCUUGAUCCGUGAUGCACAUCGCCGGUGUCUCCAUGGCGGGAUCUCGUUAACGCUCAGCACACUGAGGAACUCGGUUUGGCUCAUUCAGGCGCGAAAAUCGGUUAAGUCCAUUGUCUAUCGGUGUGUUACAUGUGCUCGUAUUCGCGCCGAAAUACCGACUCAACUUAUGGGUUCGCUGCCAGCGAUUCGCGUUCAUCGGUCAAGUCGCGCCUUUGUUGAAUGCGGCGUGGAUUACGCGGGCCCCGUCGCUGUCCGAAUGGCGGGCGGUCGCGGAACGCGAUCCCAGCCCGGGUAUAUCGCGCUUUUUUUGUGUAUGGCAACGAAAGCGGUCCAUUUGGAGAUUGUAACUUCAUAUUCAACACCCGCGUUCAUCGCUGCCUUUGAUCGAUUUUGUUCACGACGCGGAUUGCCUCGCACUGUGCACAGCGAUCGCGGCACUAAUUUUCAGGGCGCCGAUAAGGCAGUACGCGCCGCUUAUCAAGCGGCGAUAACAGACAAGGAAUUGCGUGCUCGUGUGGCGGAGGAUCGCGUCGAAUGGAAAUUCAUCCCUCCUGCAGCACCUCACUUCGGAGGUCUGUGGGAGGCCGGGGUGAAAGUGAUGAAACACCAUUUAAAACGGGUCCUAGGGAAAAGUACUCCCACGUACGAAGAGCUUGCGACGCUCCUCUGCCGCAUUGAAGCUUGUAUGAAUUCUCGACCGUUAGCUCCUCUCAAUGAUGAUAUAGAGAGCCUGGACGCGUUGACGCCCGCGCACUUCCUGAUCGGCGGCCCCCUUACAGCGCCUCCGAUGCCGACGCUUUUAGAUACUGCGGUAAACCGCUUGUCCCGAUGGCAAGUCAUGCAACAAAUGUUGGAACGAUUCUGGCAACUUUGGUCGCAAGACUAUGUAAAGUCGUGCCAACACCGUUCGAAAUGGCGGGUUCCGUCAGCUCCAGUUCAAGUCGGACAAAUCGUCCUACUUCGAAAUCCAAAUCUGCCACCCACCAAAUGGGACCUUGGUCGCAUCGUCCAGUGCCACCCAGGUCCUGAUGGCCUGAUCCGGGUCGUUACCGUAAAAACGGCUUCCACCGAAGUGGUCCGACCAAUCACCAAGUUGGCGUUACUACCGGUGGAUCUUGAAAAUCAGGAUGCUUUGUCCACUUGCAAGCAGCAAUUGGAAUAA